UGCACGCGCGGACAACGAAGUGCAUCAUCUCUAUACUUCUUAAUCUUUGUCGAUUUUUCCUUUCGAACUCUUCUUUCUAUCUAUUUAUCUAUUUAUUUAUUUUCUAUUUAUCUAUAUUUAUUAUUUAUUUGCGUUCACAUAUAACGUUAGUGAUCUACUGGUGUUCUUUAGACAACAUUUUCUAAUCGAUGAUCAAAAAUUCAUCAUUGUCAUCGUCAUCGAUUAAUUGGACAACCAAGCAGAGAAAUUUCAUUCAAGGAUAAAAAGAAGAAUGGAACGAUUACGUUACUGUUAAAUAUUCCACGAGGUGACAAAAUGGACGCGGAAGCAGCCCUACUCGAAAACUCGCCGACAUUGUCAACGAUAUCAUCGGAUUUGACAGAAGCGACAUAUUCUGUACCGGGUUCGCCCUAUUCAACAGAAUCUCCGAUCAUCGUGACAUCGUCAUAUAGAAAGACACAUGCCGAUGACGAAACGACAGUUAAACCGACACCAAGGUUUUCACAGGCAACUAGGAAGCCUAAUUUUCGGAUACGACCGCCCUACCUCAUGAUAUGCAUCAGUAUCAUAGAGAUAACCGUCCACUGUUUCGGAGACGAAGCGACGUUGCGGAGAUGGUUGGUCUAUGACCCUCGGCAAAGGGUUCAAGGGUGGAGGUUCGCUUCGUACAUGCUUCUACACUCCAACGCGCUUCACCUUGUGCUCAAUGUGCUCAUCCAGCUGGUCCUGGCUACUCCACUCGAGGUUGAACAAGGAAGAAUGGGAGUAGCAACAAUUUAUUUAGGUGGUGGUGUAUGCGGAGCUUUAGGUGCUUCACUUUUGCAACCUAGUGUUUAUCUAGUCGGAGCUUCGGCAGGAGUAUACGCAUUACUCACCAGUCAUCUUGCUCAUCUUUAUUUGUGUCAUGGUGAACUACGUUACGCAGGUUGGCGUUUAGGUGCUGUUUUAUUACUGGCCAGUGCAGAUUUUGCAUCAUUACCAAUACCAGCAUUAGUUGGUUGUGGAAGAGUUGGUUGGGCUGCACAUGUUGCUGGUGCAUUAGCCGGACCACUUCUUGGUCUUGCUGUCUUCCCUAAACAAAGCAAGAAGGAUGCACGAGGACGAAGAUUCGUCAGAUUUGUCAGAUUAAUAUCUGGCGUUAGCAUAUUGUUAUUGAUAGUAGGCGCCAUUUUGGGAAACGUUUACAUCAUUGCAUUACCCCAAGUAAGGAAACCCUCCUGACAGAGGAUAGAAAUGCUCGUCAAACUCUGUAGGAGGUCCUUUCUGAUCGUCAAGAUCCGUGAGGCUGCUGACAGUGUUUUCGAGUAAAAUAUAUCAAUGAUCUAAUAAGAAAACAAAUAACAAAGAAAUUAAUCUCAUAUUUCGCGUGAGUUAAUAAAAAUAAUUUACUUACCGAAAAAAAAAAGAAGAUAAAUCACGCACGAGUUUGACUAACAUCUGUAAUUUUCAUCUAUAACAGAUCUUUAAAAAAAAAAAA